AAAGAAUUGUAAGCAUGUCAUGUACGGUCUUGAAUGAAAGUUAUUUAACGUUAGUAACCGUCACUCACCAGUAUAAAGACAGUUUAACAGGAGAAACAGCGCCGAUUUCAACAACACAUGACAACUGUCUUGCACAGUUAUGCGUUAGCGGUUUAAGGCCUGAAUUGUUUAUAUUAAGAUUGUACGUUUAAAACCCACAGGGCUGAACAUGUGCUCUGACUGCAAAGUAUUGCUGGACAAUGCCUGACUAUUAACAAAGACUGUAGAAUAACACUUAAAAGGACUUUGCUAUUAAUGACGCUGACCAAACUGUGUGUCAUCUAUUUUCAAAGGAAAGUAUUUGGCCCGCAGUCAUUAGAGUAGGCGUGGUAUCAGUGAAGAGGGCGUGGCUAUUCAGUUAAGCGUUGACUGCUUACACUAGUCUUUUAGGUCUUAUUUUGUCAAUGGAUUUUUUAGGAAAUUAACGUUACUGUUAUUCGACGUUAAUGUGACAUUUAUUAAAAUGAGUAUACAUAAUGUAAGCGUCUCAGAUUUACAUCCUAAUGUUUGGAGAAGAAUGGAGGAGAAAUCUGCCUCAUUUCGUCAAGGUACAGUGAGCUGGUACAUAAGAAUCUCCAGACUGGCUGUGGCCGUGGCUGUUAUUAAGUCCAAACCAUCAGGAGGAGCCAGACAGUUUGCUGAAGCUCUGGCUGAUCGACUCAGACAGCAGGAUGAAGGUUGGAGGUCUAAAGCUCAAGGUCUUCAUGAAGAUCUGCUGCAUGUCAGACAAGAGCUGCUGCUCACACGCUUACUGUUCAAGACGAGGAGCAACACUGAGCCAGGACAAGGUCAAGAGAUUGCCAAAGCACUCUCUCAGGACGACCCUGCAGCAGUUAAAGGGUGACUCUGGCUGUGACACUGAUAACAGCUCGGAAACACAAAUAUACAUUGCUAAGGGACCAUGUUUGCCUCCAACCCCUCCAAACAGUCAGAACAUUCCCCUCCAGGACAGGCAGUGGUGCCAGGACCACAGGAUGUUAAAACACAUGCAGUUUCUACAGUGUCUGAGUGGUUUGCGCAGAGUUUGUGAGCUGUCUCUGUGUCGCGAUGGUGACGUGGUCUGGGAUUCAGUAGUACAGUUGCUAGAUUCCGUGGUGGAGGUUUUCAGGCAGGCACAUGUUGGACAGCCUGUACAUCACCCAGAGCAGCUGCAUCAUGCAACACAGACGGUGGCACAGACCCUGAGUCUAGGAGGAACACGUCAUGGGUGUUCAGUGCAGCAUUUUAGCAAAGUGGAAGAUCUGUUGAAGGAGAUGAUCAGUCUACUACUAACCAACCAGCAAUUCAAUGCGUUCUCAGUCCAUGGCGUGCUGUUAGAGUGUCUGCUGGCUCUGGGAGGAAGUUGUGUCCUGAGAACUUCAUUUAUUCAACUCUUAAUGUCUCAGACCAUUCAGCUGGCACAGCAGCUAUGGGAAACCUGUGAGAUUGAGUCUGGCCAUAGCGCAUUCCAUAACCUCCUGCAGCUCAACAUACAGAGGGCAGGGAGGCUGAGGUCUCAGCCAUUUCAACCUUUUCACCCUCAUCAGCCACUUCCUGCUCAUCCUGGCUUGACGCCAGUAGAGCACUGGUUGGAUUGGAAGAUGUAAGAGACGACACAUCUUCCUCCAGCAGCUCGCUCUCAUCGGCCGCUGAAGAGUGCAAGAGAUUUAUACCUCUCUCAAACUCCUCAGCGAGCUCCACCUGUGACCCCCAUGAUCUCAAUCUCCUCCUCGCCGCGAGAGCAGGACCCGAGCCACAGGUUACAGGUAUUCGUACCAAACCGUUUCUGUACAGGACUUCCAGGACUUUCGCGGCACAGGACAUAUCUCGUGUAAUCGCUCAAUCAGUGUUUCAACAGCAGAAAGACGUCAAUAAAACAGCUUGUAAACAAUGUCACGUAGCAUUAUUUACCUCAGACAAGUAAUUCCGUGUCCACAGCUUGUUAGUUCGCUUGAGAAAUGAAC